UUCAAUGCUUCUGCUCAACAAUGAAGAAAUGCACUGCAAUUUCAGGAUCCCCAUCUUCACCUUCCUUUCUUAUCUCCAUCUUAUUCCUUUUCCUCUCUCUUCCUACAAAUGCCGAUGACGGAUGGUGGGAAACAGACAGUCCUGUAGUGAAGAGAGCCAAUGAAAGAAUCCCACUCCUUAAAACUGAGUACGGUGAGAUCUCCACCGUUGAUUUCGCCGAUGGCUCUCGAUUCGGACAUUACCAUCUUCAGUUCAUCACAUUGGAACCCAACUCCCUGUUUCUCCCUGUUCUUCUUCAUGCUGACAUGGUGUUCUAUACUCACACUGGAAGUGGGAGAUUGAGUUGGUUUGAUGACGAUGAUCUGAGGGAGGUGGAUAUACGGCGGGGAGAUAUUUACAGGCUCCAUCCAGGCUCCAUUUUUUAUUUGCAGAGUAACUUAGAGACCGAACGUGAAAAGCUUCGAAUCUAUGCUCUGUUUUCCAGCACAGAUGAGGAUUCAUUCAACCCCUCCAUCGGAGCAUACUCGCGCGUCACCGAUCUGGUUCGUGGCUUCGACAAAGAAGUUCUGCGUAAAGCUUUCAUGGCCCCCGAAGAAGUAAUAGAGGAAAUAAUGAACGCGAAGAGGCCGCCACUGAUCGUUCACGCUGCGACAACUCCGAGCAAGAAGAAGAAGAAGGUGGCGGCGGUGGCAUGGGAAUUAGAAGCUCGGUUAUUGAAAACCUUCAUAGGAGGAGCAAGUGGGAUGGAAUUCAACAAGAAGAAGAAGAAAGGCGUAUACAACGUUUAUGAAGUAGACCCAGAUUUUGAAAAUUGCAAUGGAUGGAGUUUGACUGUAACCAAGAAAAAUUCCCAUCAGUUAAAAGGCUCCAACAUCGGUUUCCUCGUAGUCAACCUCACAUCGGGUUCGAUGAUGGGUCCGCAUUGGAAUCCAUGGGCAUGGGAGAUUGGGAUCGUGACGUCGGACGAGCCGGGGGUGGUUCGGGUCGGGUGUUCGAGCACAAAGAAUAGUUCAAAAUGCAAGAAUUGGAGUUUUGUAGUAGGGAAAGGGGAUGUAUUUGUAGUGCCAAGGUUCCAUCCAAUGGCGCAGAUGUCAUUUAACAAUGGAACGUUUGUUUUUGUUGGAUUUAGCACGACGAAUGGACAUAACAUGCCGCAGUUUUUAGCUGGAAGUAGCUCUGUAUUGCAGAUUGUGGACAGGGAAGUGUUGGCGUGGUCGUUUGAUGUGAAUGUCACAACGGUUGAUCGUUUGUUGGGAGCAAGAGUUGAGUCCAUCAUAUUGGAGUGUACUUCUUGUGCAGAAGAAGAAGUGAGGAAAAUGGAAGAGGAGGCUGAGAGAGAGAGAGAAGAGGAGGAAGAAGAGAGGAAGAGGGAAGAAGAAGAAGAGAGGAAGAGAGAGGAAGAAGAGAGGAAGAGGGAAGAAGAAGAAGAGAGGAAGAGAGAGGAGGAAGAGAGGAAGAGGGAAGAAGAAGAAGAAGAGAGGAAGAGGGAAGAAGAAGAAGAGCGGAAGAGGGAAGAAGAAGAAGAGCGGAAGAGGGAAGAGGAGAGGGAGCAAGAGGAAGAGAGGAGGAGAGAAGAGGAGGAAGCAAAGAGGGAGGAAGAGAGGAGGAGGAGAGAAGAGGAAGAGAGAAGAGAGGAGAAGGAAGAAGAAAGGGGAGAAAGAGAGGCAAAGAGAGAGGAGGAGGAAGCAAGGGAGAGAGAGGAAACCCAUCAGAGAGAGAGAGGGAGAAGACGCAGAGAGACGGAGAGAGAGGCAGAGGAAAGACAGAGAAGACGUUGGGAGGAAGAAAAAGAAGAAGAAGAAGAAGAAGAGCAGCCAAGACUUAGAAUUUUGGGAGUACGGGCGUAACUCAAAACUCGUUUCAAUUUGGUGUCAUCAAACUUUGUGCUAUAGUGAAUAACAGAACAGAAACGUAAUUGAGAUGAAAAACAAAAAAAAAAUGUCACAUUGUGUGUUUUAAGUUUCCAAGUUUUGUCGUUUAACGAAGGCAGCUUCAAGAAACACGUGUGUUUGUUUACUUGAAGAUUUUGAAAUUCUCGUCUUUUGGCUUUUGGUGGA